GAAUCAUUCAGGUGUGUCUCCCUCUGUGAUCCUGAGGGUGUCCAUGCCUUCAUCCUGGUCCUACCUGUGGAUCCCCUCACUGAUGAAGACAAGGGAGAGUUAGAGACCAUCCAGAACACAUUCAGCUCUAGAGUCAUGGACUUCACCUUGAUUCUGUUCACUGUGGAGUCAGAUCCUUCAGCUGAUGAUGUUGUUAACUUUCUAAAGGAGAACAAGGACAUCCAGAAGCUCUCUCAGAGAUGUGGAGGAAGACAUGUUGUACUCAACAUCAAGGACCAGCAGCAGAUCCCAGAGCUGUUGGAUGCUGUUGAAGAGACGAGAGUCGGAGGAUCCGUGUGCUUCACAAAGGACAUGUUCAUCGAGGCUCAGAUGACGAUGGUGGUAGAGUUAGAUAAAACUAACAAAAGACUUCAAGCUGAACUGCAGGAUGUUCAAAAGAAAAGGGAGAUGGGAGAUCAUGAUGAAAGACAGAACAGAGAGUGUCUCAGGAUGGUGCUGAUUGGGAAGACUGGCAAUGGGAAGAGUGCAACUGGAAACACUAUUUUGGGAAAAGAACAUUUUACAUCCAAUGCCAGCUCAAAGUCAGUGACCAAAUGUUGCGAGAAAGCAACAGGAAAGAUUGAUGGACGUCCUGUCGCUGUGCUGGACACCCCCGGUUUGUUUGACAGGACACUGUCCAACGAGGCUGUUCAAGAGGAGCUUGUUAAAUGCAUCAGCAUGUUGUCUCCUGGACCUCAUGUGUUCCUACUGGUGCUGCCGAUAGGCCGAUUUACACCAGAAGAAGAAGACUCUGUGGAACUGAUCAAGAAAUGGUUUGGAAAGAAAUCCGGAGAUUUCAUCAUCAUUAUUUUCACCAGAGGAGAUGAUCUGAAAAAUACACCAAUCGAGAGUUACGUAAAAGACAGUGAUGACUCUUUGAAAAAACUGAUAAAUGACUGUGGAGGGAGAUACCAGGUCUUCAAUAACCAUGUCAAAGACCACAUGCAGGUCAGAGAGCUGAUGGUGAAGUCCUACAAAAUGCUGAAGGAAAAUGGGGGCAGCUGCUACACCUCAGAGAUGUUCCAAGAGGCCGAGGCCGCCAUACAGAAGAAAGUGGAGAAGAUCCUGAAGGAGAAGGAAGAAGAGAUGCAGAGAGAGAGGGAGGAGCUGAAAAGAAAACACGAGGAGGAAGUGGAAGAAGUGAAGAGAAGAAUGGAACACGAGAGAGAUACAAUUCAGCAGGAGAGAGAAAAACAGCUUAAAGAAAUGGAGGAACAAAUCAACAAGGAAAAAGAGCAGAGAGGAAGGGAAGAGGAACAGAGAAAGAAAAAGGACAAGGAGAAGAAAAUGAAUGAAGAAAUGAAACGAAAGGAAUGGGAGGAAAAACUAGAAGGAGAGUUGGAGCAGAGUAAAGAAAAGAUGAAAAAGCAAAAAGAAGACUGGGAGAAGAAGAGAGAAGAAUGGUGGGAAGAACAAAGUCAAGAAAAUGAAAAGAGACGACGAGAGGAGCAUACAAGACUUCAGAAGUUGCAAGAUGAAUACGAGCAGGAAAGAGAAAAACAUGAAAACAAAAGAAAAGAAGAAGAUCUAAAGAGAAGAGAACAGGAGGAGAAGGAGAGACAAGAGUUGGAGGGAAAAUAUAAGAAAGAACUGGUGGAGAUGAAGAAGAAAUAUGAAGAGGAGGCAAGAAAACAAGCUGAAGAAUUCAACGAGUUCAGAGAGGAAUACUCCAAGGACUUUGCCGCCUUGGUGGAGAAGCACAUGGAGGAAAUAGAGGACAUGAAGAAAGAGCAUGAAAGACAAACUCAAGAGACAGGAAAGAGCCAUGACAAAGAUUACAAGCUGUUGCAAAACCUCUCAAAACACAAAGAAAAAGAAAAAUCAGAAGACAUGAAGAAAAAGCACGAACAAGAAUUAAAGGAUCUAAAACAAAAAUACAAGAACAAGUGUUUAAUCCUCUGACCUUAAGUCAGUAAAGAGCCAACGAUAGCUUAAUAUAACUGAGAAGCAUACAUAACAAAAUAUUUAAAAUAAAAGUAGAAAUUACACAAGCUUCAAAAUAUGCAAUACACAUCCAGUACCAGUACAGGUUUGAGAUAGCAGCCAGGGGAAAGUAUUAAAGGUGGACGUUUAUAUUGCAAUGCUAUUUACGCUCAAUAUAUGUAUUGCAAAUAAGUAGUAUUUAACAACAGGGGAGUUACAAUAUUUGGGGGUGUGGCCGUCUACCAGGGGCCGUGGAGGGUGUAGAGUCUUGACCGCUGCAGGAAGGAAGGACCUGCGGUAUCUCUCAGUGAGACAGCGGGGGUGCAGCAGCCUGUCUC